AUGUCGGGACCAGUGGUAGAACACGUGGGCACGUGGACGUGGAAUUCGAACAAUGGAGAGUACGCCACACGGAGUUUACCACGAGUAAGAAUUGAUGGUGGCCAAGCUGGUAAUCCAGGAGUGAGAUUACGAUGCUGGGCAGCUCCACCUUCGAUUACAGAGGAAGAGGCUGAGGAUGAAAUCGAAGAGGAUGCUGUAUCUCUACGAGCUCUACCUGUGCAAGGCAACACAAUAUAUAAGUUAGUCCGGCUAGUUCUUGGUUUUACUGAAGCGAACAUGUUUAGUAUACAGCUCGUUUUAAUUGACAUUGCUCCCUUGUCCCGUGUUCACAUUAAAACAAUGUACCACUUAAAGGACUUUAACCCUUUCUUUGAACUUAGUCAGCUUGUAACAAAAACUCUGAGUAUAAAGAUGAAGAAAAAAGUAUAA